AUAACGGAGGGCGUGAAGCCCACCCUCUCGGAGCUGGAGAAGUUUGAGGACCAGCCCGAAGGCAUCGACCUGGAGGUGGUGACGGAGAGCACGGGGAAAGAACGAGAGCACAACUUCCAGCCCGGCGACAACGUGGAGGUGUGCGAGGGCGAGCUGAUCAACCUGCAGGGCAAAAUCCUCAGCGACAUGCUGGAGUUCCCGGCUCAGGAGCUGCGGAAGUAUUUCAAGAUGGGCGACCACGUCAAGGUGAUCGCGGGGCGUUUCGAGAGUGACACGGGGCUGAUAGUGAGGGUGGAGGAAAACUUCGUCAUCCUCUUCUCCGACCUCACCAUGCACGAGCUCAAGGUUCUGCCGCGGGACCUGCAGCUCUGCUCGGAGACGGCGUCCGGCGUAGACGUGGGGGGGCAGCACGAGUGGGGCGAGCUGGUGCAGCUGGACCCCCAAACCGUGGGCGUCAUCGUCCGUCUGGAGCGGGAGACCUUCCAGGUGCUGAACAUGUACGGGAAGGUGGUGACGGUGCGGCAUCAGGCUGUCACCAGGAAGAAGGACAACCGCUUCGCCGUCGCCCUUGACUCGGAGCAGAACAACAUCCACGUCAAGGACAUCGUUAAAGUCAUAGACGGGCCUCACUCG